AUGCCUACACUCGAAGUAAAGGAUAACUUGGCGUCAGUCAUGCCUCUUGACCCAAUCAAGAAUCAAAGUCAUACCAGACCAAGAUCCGAGACCAACAUGAGUCUUACCUGCACAAAACAGAUCCCAGCUCGUAUUACCAAGAAUAUGAUUAACAUUUUACCUCCCGAGCUCGUCGCCAAUAUCAUUCAGUUCCUUGGCCCGAUAUUUGGAGCUGUAUUUGGUCUUACCUACCAUCAAGUCUAUGAUGAAUUCAAGCGUCAGUAUCCAGCCACGAUUCCUCUGUCUCUAGAGACCUACCUUUGGAAUCCGGACUCACAGCUGGAUCUGCAACAUCCAAGAUUUCAUCCAUCAGCUCAACUUCACCAAUUGCUUGGGACAUGGAUGGGGAGUGGCGAUAGCACGAAGUAUUUCUACUUUCGAGAUGAAAGUCUCAAAUAUUUCAAGUCUUGGAAGUCAUCGGUAGCUACAUCGGGCCAAGGUGGUCAGUUCCUGCUUCAAAGCAUUUACGGCGAGGGAGUCAGCGGGUCCGACCAUGCUAUAAAGCAGUUACUAGUCGCAUGGUGUGCGUAUGGUUCAAUCGAGGAGGGAUGGCCAUGGGUCUAUACAGACGAAGAGAUUCCCGCCGACGAAAUUCAACAGUAUCCUUCGCCAUUCAAUAUGAGUGGGCAAGGAUGGCUUGAUAACAUGCAAGAGAUCCUUACUCUGCAUCAUCCCGAUCUUGAAUCGCCAUUCAGAGCUCUCGCUGAAGAAGGAAUCGGAUGGGGUAAUGGCGAAUAUGGAAAAAGAUGGUCCGCGGUUGAGGCGAGAAAGAAGCAGUUGGACGAGCACGUACGGAAAUAG